AUGGUGAGGGAGACAUUUAAGCUUGGGGCGAAAGAGCUAAAGGAGAUGAUGGCAGCAGUUUAUUCCGAAAGCAGAGAUGGGCUGCUGAAGGAGAAACAUGUGGCGGAUGCGGUGGUGUUUUUGGCGUCGCAGGACUCGGCGUUCGUCACCGGCCAUAAUUUCGUGGUUGAUGGCGGAUUUGGCACCAAGUUACGGAAAUUGCUGAUGCAAGAGGAAGAAGAUGCCGUUACAAGAAAUCGUCAAAGAGCCCUGGUGAUGCAGGCAGCUUCCUCUCAUAUCUUGAGGAUCCAAGAGGAAGAAUCACAGUGGGGUGGUUCACAGCCCGGGCGCCAGUACAUCGCAAGAGAUCGAGAAGCUAUGGAUCGACGAUUGAAAGAUCUAUACUUCACUUCGCCGUGCAGGUUCCAGGGCGAUAUAUUUCGCAAAAGGUACAGAAUGCGACCUCAUGUGUUUGACCAAAUGAUGCAUGAUGUCGCCAACCACAAUCCGUACUUCGUGCAAACUGAUGAUGCCACCGGCAGAGUUGGUUUGUCUACCGAACAAAAGCUGACUUGUGCUAUGAGGAUGCUUGCUUACGGGCUUCCGGCUGACCUGUGUGAUGAGUUUCUAGACGUAGCUGAAUCUACAGCUUUGGAGAUCUUGUCGCACUUACUAGAGCAAUCUGGAAUGUGUACCACGAUCAUUACCUUCGUCGACCAACUCCGGCAGAUUUGCAGCGGUUGCUCAAUGUUGCUGAGAAAAGGGGGUUCCCCGGAAUGGUGGGAAGUCUCGAUUGUAUGCACUGGCAGUGGAAAAACUGCCCAUCCUCAUGGCAAGGGCACUUUACUGGUUAUAAGGGAAAACCCACAAUCAUUCUGGAGGCGGUCGCAUCAUACGAUGCUUGGAUUUGGCACGCCUAUUUCGGACUUCCAGGUUCCCUUAAUGAUAUUAAUGUACUUGGAAUGUCUCCAUUAUUCAACGAAAUAUGCACAGGAGUCAUACAGAAAAGACGUGGAGAGGGCUUUUGGCAUUCUCCAAGCUCGUUUUGCAAUAGUAAGAGGACCCGCCCGUGGAUGGGAUAGGGAGGAUCUAUCAUACAUCAUGAUGACCUGCAUUAUUUUGCACAACAUGAUUGUCGAUGAUGAGCGUGAAGAAGAUGAAGAGUCGCCUUUUGACCCCGAUGAUAUCCCCACCAGACCAAGGAAAGCACAAAUAUAUGAGAGGUAUGAGGAUGAUAAUGAGGUUGAGCGCAACCGUCCUGAACUUGAGGAGUUCAUGACCCGUUACCAGGGGGUUAGAUGCCCAAUUGUGCAUAGAGUCCUUCAAGGAGAUUUGGUUAAUCACCUCUGGAACAUGAAGUUGCAAGCAGAGCGGAACCGCAGAUGA